GCCACGUAUUUCAUUCAUGUAAGGAAAUAAAUCAAAUACAAGAACUAUCACGAUGUCGAGCAGAUGGUGCGUUUUGCUUUUAACUCUUCUAUUAGUACUUAUCCCAACCCUGAAUGCGUUUUACAAAACAGUCUCUGUACCGUUGAAAUAUGCUCCUCUCCGACGGAUUUCAGUAAAACCCGCGAAUGGAGAUAUUUAUAUAGGUGGUAAAAAUAUUGUUCUCCGUCUUGACAGUAACUUUGAUCUUCUGCAAAACAAAACCAUUGGUCCACAACCAGAUAAUAAAAUGUGUGCCCCCAACCAGUUGGUUUGUGAUUAUAAAAUGACAGACAACUAUGUCGAAGUUUUGGAAUUCAUUCCUAGAAGAAGAAUGGUUCUCGUCUGUGGUAGUGUCCAUCAGGGUCUUUGUACAUUUUUGAAUAGCUACCAUAUUGAUACCGAGGAAAAGUUUUAUAAAGAGUCUUCUCAAAACUACAUCGGAAGUGAGAAAGGUACCAUCUUGAUUCCUUUUAAAACGGAAGACCAGUCGGACGACCAUUACUUCAUCGGAAGGAGUUGGGACGGUCGGAGAAUGGAGCACACAUUUCCGGAAUUUUCGUUCAUGGAAAUUUACAAUCGAACCAACGACCCUCUCCAGCAGUGGGAAUUUCAAAACACAACAAUGUAUUCUUCCGCGGGGUUAUGCCACCAUAAACGCCUGAAUUCCGCAACUCGAUUUAUUUUCGGUUUCAGCACUAAUGAAUUUAUCUUCAGCAUAUACAAUCAAGCUAGAACUGCUUCCAAUGGUACACUUUUCCAAACAAAAAUAUCGAGAAUUUGCAAGAACGAUAAAUACAUGGAUUCUUUUAAUGAAGUUAUUUUAGAAUGCAACCAACACAACAUAGCAACCGCUGCUUACUAUGCUACGACAAAUGAAACAUAUGUUCUUUAUGUGGCAUUUAGCAAAAGUCUUAAUUCUACUGAGGCAUUACCAAACAAUUCGGCGGCCGUUUGUCAGUUCCCCCAGCAAGAUAUAGACAGGAUGUUCAAUAACCUGCUGAAGUUUUGUUAUAAUAACGCCGACGCCAUUACUCCACCUGAUUGGUCAACGUGCGGAGAAACCAGAGCUUGUAAUAAGUAUAAUUCACAAAAUUACUGCAGCAAUCGAGAAGCCCAGAAAGUGAACCCUGGGAUACAAAGACUGACGAAACCUCACUACGAUCCGAGUGGCAUUGUCUAUCAGGAAUCACAUACAAUAUUCACCUCGGUUUUUGCCCACCAAGUAAACCCGCGGACCACCGUUGUGUGGAUUGGAACGUACGAUGGAUAUAUCCUAAAAGUUAACAUGGAACAGCAAUUUAGAGACCGAAAACCGUACGUUAAGUAUGAUCUAAGUCAGAAUAGAAGCCAGCGAAUAGAGCCUCAUCACCUUUCUGACCACAAUGACAACAAACACAUCGUAUUUUUGCAUGGAAACAAGGCAUCAAAAUUUCCAUUGUUUUCAUGCCAUCUUCAUACAACUUGUGAUGCCUGCGUGACGACAGGUGACCCAUUAGGUUGCAGUUGGUGUAAACAUUCUUGCAUGAGAAAGGACGAAUGUGAAUCGGUGUGGCAUGAUGAUAGCUGUCCUCCAUUCCUAUACACGAUCUCCCCGACAAGUGGUCCACUUGAAGGGGGGACGCGGCUGACGAUAGAAGGAGAUAAUUUUGGAGAUGAUCAUUCAUCAGAAGUUAACGUGACUAUUGGAGAGACGAACGCCUGCACUGUGGUGAACAAAACUCUUACACGCAUUGAGUGUAUUACGGAAGAACACAGUGCCGGGGAUUUUCUUGUAACGGUCACAGCAGACAUUGCUGGUACUGUGAAAACAUCCCAGAUUAAAGAGAUUCAUUACUCGUACAAGAAUCCGUACCUAAAUGACUCAGGUCCGGCAUUUGGGCCCCGCCGUGGAAAUACUGUGAUCACAUUUCAGGGCGACAAUCUGGAUAUUGGAUUCUCAACAAAAGUACUGAUUCAUAAUAUCCCUUGCAACAUACAAAGAAAGAACCAGACACAUUUACAGUGCAUAACGACUGAAUGCACUGAUAUCAGAGAUGGAGGAAAUUCGGGAAUGGUGACUUGCAACGAAUGUUAUCGAAUCACAGUCGAAAUAGACAAUGACAUCAUAACAAGUACUAACGAUACAUAUUGCUAUAGAGAAAAUCCACAAAUAACUUCUGUUUCCAGAAACGCGACAAUCAUAAGUGGAGGACUGAAAUUGCUUGUUGAAGGAAAAAACUUUCAAAGCGCCAAUUCACACGUUCUACACUUAAACUUUUUGGGAACAAAUAAAACGAUAAAUACCAGUUGUGAUCUGUUGGAUGACAAACUUACUUGCACGACACCAGAUUUAUCAAAAUAUGUCGGCGGAUUAGAAACCAAAUUGAAAAUGUGGAUCAUGAUAGAAGAGGACGAUUACUAUUGGGAAACAGGGAUGGGAAAGCAACCAUAUUACAUGACGGUUUACCAAGACCCUGUCUUUGAGAGCUUCAAUACCACUGAAAAACGGGAAGUUCGCAGUGAGGAAAAGCUUCUUCGGAUUUAUGGCCGUAAUUUGAAUAAGGCAUUAAAACCCGAGGACUAUACAAUAAUUGUGGAAAAUAAUCCAUGCCCAGUAAAGGAAUUAGCUUCUUCGCAUCUUAGAUGUGAUCUGACCGAGACCAUUAACAAUCAUAAUUUGUUUGAAGAGAAAGCUGUAUUGACCAUAACUAUUAAAGUCGGAAACAUAAAGACUGUCUUGGGACCAGCUGAGUUUAAGCACAUUGUUAAAAAACAAGCGGGUAGUCGAUUUAUCCUCAUGGCGGGUCUCAUAGGUUGCUGUGUUUUUCUGUCCUUUUCUAUUGGGGUCUGUAUGAAAUAUUAUCACCUUGGUCCAUUCCAAAGAAAACGUGUUUCCUAUGACCCAGCUACUGCGCCCGUGGUUUACCGAGCUAACAGUAACAGCAACCAACAGGUAACGGACGGAUUCCUAACACCGGACCCCGACCAUGAGGUCACCAAUACUAGGCAUAUUAAUGAUUAUGUCGAUGGUAAACAUAUAACAGAGAUAGGAGCAGUGGGCGGAUGUGACGUAGAUAUGGUUGAAGACAUGGUGACCAUAAUGAAAAGACAAAAUCUCCUGGUGGAUGGGGACUGCCUCAGACUUGGAACAGACAUCGGGAAGGGAAACUUUGGAUGUGUAUACAAAGGAUUUUUGAAGAAACCAAAGGACAAAUUCGAGUUGCUUGUUGCGGUAAAAACAAUCAUUCGCGCCGGCGCGGACGACGUAAACUCUUUUCUGAAUGAAGCCCUGAUCAUGAAAGACUUUGACCAUCCUAAUGUACUGACUUUGAUCGGAAUUACAAUGGAUAAGGGGGAAUUCCCAAUGGUCAUUCUACCUUUUAUGCACAACGGGGCCUUGCUGACGUACAUAAGAGAUGAAAACAAUAUGCCCACAGUGAAAAUGCUUGUCACAUACAGUCUGGAUAUAGCACAAGGAAUGGAAUACCUCUCCUCCAUAAAAUUUGUUCACAGAGAUCUGGCGGCCAGAAAUUGCAUGAUUGACAAAGACUUUACUGUAAAGGUUGCAGACUUUGGUCUCUCUAGAGACAUUUAUUCAAAAGAAUAUUACAGUUGCCUAAACAAGCAAAAACUCCCCGUUAAAUGGAUGGCUCCUGAGAGUUUAGAGCAUGGACGAUACACUUCCAAAUCAGACGUGUGGUCUUAUGGAGUGGUGCUGUGGGAACUAAUGACCAGGGGUGCUCAACCUUACCCAGAAGUAGAUAAUUGGGACAUGGCGAUGUACCUUAAAUCUGGACGAAGACUGCCCAGACCAGAAUAUUGUCCAAUUAUGCUAUAUCGAGUGAUGUUAAAAUGUUGGUUGGACAAUGCAGCCAAUAGACCAACCUUUAAGGAACUAGCAGACAACAUUAUGACACUGAUAGAAGCAAAGGACAAGUCGUACACCCUGGUUGACACACAAGUCGAUCUAGAACGGUGCACCAAUUAUCACUACAUGGACCACCAGAGUUUGGCACGACAGCGAAGUCUAAGUACACAAAGGUCGGUGUCAUCCGACGAUGUUCCACUAAUUUGAAACUUUAGUGCACAAAUGUUGGUGACAUCCGACGAUGUUACACGGAUUUGACACUUUAGUGCACAAAGGUCGGUUUCGUCUGGCGAUGUUCCACUGAUUUGACACUUUAGUGCAGAAAGGUCGUUGUUAUCCGGAGGUGUGCUAUUGACUUGACACCUUAGUGCACAAAGGUCGGUGUCAUCCGGAGGUGUGCUAUUGAUUUGAAACUUCUGUUCAAUUUACAAAGAGCACCGUUUUUCAAAAAGAAGAUAUUUCCCAUACUGUUGUUUGACCUGUUGAUCAUACUUUUUUUUUGCUUUUAAUUCAGUAAUAUUAGUUAUAGGUAUCAGCUGAGGAGUCACAGCUGCAGGUCUGUAGCUUCCGGUAUGAAUAAAAUUAGAUGGACGACGUGGAAGCAACGUAUUAAAAAGUUGCCAUUUAGCACAAACAAAAAACUGCGUUUGUUUCGCACUGAUUUACCAAUUCCCGCCAAAAUUCUGUUCAAAUAUUUGAUUCCAAAAAAUUUAUUGGAAAUUUUGAUACAAAUAUCGUCACUUAACUUGGCUUUGGUGGUAUUUUAAACAUCAUCAACAGCCCCGUAAAAUGAAGUUUUGCAUUUUUUUCACAUCUGAAAAUGGUUACUCUUGAUCUGCACGUGCAUUUAACAUAUUUCAUUCUCCGAGAUUGUUUACCAAUUUAAGAGAGUGUCUAAGGCAAGUUAAGUGACAAUAUCAGUUACUGUAGUAAAUUGACAGAAGAAUCUAAUGGUAUUAAUUUUGACAACAGAAUAUGUGCGGGAAAAAAAGUAAAUCAGGCUAAAACUAGCGCAAAUUUUUGUUUUUGUUGAACUGUAGCCCCCAGGUUUCACAACGUUUUGUUAAAAAUGUCAGAAAUCUUGCAAAAUGUGAAAAUUUUAUUUGACAAUGAUAUAAUGAUGUGUUCAUCGGGAAAAGAGUGUAGUGUACUUUUCUGCAAAACGUCACCUAGUGACACUUUCUUCGUUGUAAAAAAUUAUUUUGGGAAGUACAAACUUUACAGGUUUAUUUUAUACGAUGUUUGUAAAUUUGAUAUUUUGAAUUUGAGAUGGUUGAAUGUAAAUAAAAUUAUUUUUGAUUUAGUCUUUAAAUAAACGUAUAUUUUUAUGGAUAUCAGUUAAGUAAAUCCGAUAAUUCAUAUCGUGUUUAGCUUUGAAAUUUUUGUAUUAUGAAAUCUUGUAAAUAAUAAUUGUACAGUAUCAAUAUUUGGAAACUGUGCUUGUAAAGCAAAGUACAACAAUUUAAAAACAACUAAGAAUGUCUGAUUAUAAAUUUCAUAUAAUUAAAAUAUUUAAAUUAUAAUGUUUUGAUUUUUAAUAGUUUUGAAAUAUCAGUUAUGCAAGAAAAUGAAAUUUAAUUUUCACAGGCUAAAAAUGGUAAGAUUGGGAGCUGUUUUGCACAAUAAAUACGAAAUUUUCGUGUAAUGAAGCGUCACUUUUUCACCGCGUAUACUAUACGAGUUACAAUAGUGUGCAUUUUUAAAUAUUUUAUAUGACCAAAAGUGCAUGGAUAGACUUAGUGUAUGUCUGGCGAUGUUUUGAUUAAAAGAGAAGAUAAAGAUUCAAUAAGUAAAAAAAUACAUAAAUAUUAAUAAACAGUGAUAGUAAGCUGAUUAUUUAAAAACAAAUUGUAAAAUACUUGCAAGUAUACUUGUAUAUAUAUCUAACAAGUUUUAUAUCCCAAGCCUUUGUACACAACAAAGAAGUGGUUUGAUUUAAACUAUACUUUCGAAAACCACGAAAGGUAAUUUUUAUCCCAUGUUCACCCCAUCGUUUGUUAAACUUUAGUCUUUCUAUUUAAACAUCGUAGAUGUAAGCCUCACAAUACAAUAUCUAUGAGAUGUCAACAAUUUUACUCAUAAAAAGAGUCCCAAUCUUAACAAAUAUACAUUUCCUCAUAUAACUUUGCUACUUUUGAACUUUAAGUCUGUCGCCCUUUUUUUUUUUUAUCAUGACGCCCCGUAUUGUUUGAAGACAGAGGGUAAUACCAAUUUGUUUUAACAGGAGUGAUAUCCGCGAAACUUUAAGCUAAAUCUAUACUACUAUAUUAAGAUAAUAGACUCGAAUUUUGGGGCUUUAAUACCGAGAAAUCGGAAGAGUACUGUUUUUUGUUUUAUAUAUUUUUAACAUCAUUGGUUUUUGGAGAUUACCAGUGUGUUUUUGUUUUUUCUCGAUCAGACUUCGCUAAUUAAUGAUCAACGAAAAUUCUUUUUAAAAUCCUGAAAUCAUCUGAAUUUUUUCGGAUUUUACAAUCUUGCGCAUGUGCAUUACAAUCACACUUAAUCACAGGAUGCUCUUUAGUUAAUGUUUCCACAAUAUUACAUUUGCAUGGAUAAACUCAAAAACGACGAUACAAAUACAUGUAAAUUCAUUAAAAAAUUGCUAUAUAUUCUGUUCAUGAAAGAAAAUACGGGAGAUAAAUCUAACUCAGUAUGUUUAAUAUGAAAUAUUCUGAGCGUUCUGAAUGUCAACAUGGUGUGCAAAUUUGAUGUAUAUUGUAAACAGAUAGCCAUGCUAUGACCUUGAAUUGCUAGUAUUACAUAUUGGUCACUAUGACCUAGGUACUGCACACUGAAUGGUGUUAAUGAUAACAAACAGAAUGAACUCUGUGACUCUUGUAGCACUGCGUAGCAUUCCUAAAUGAUGUUAUGAAACCAGGUGAAUAAUACUGGCAAAAUAAUAUCUAAAUUGAGAGUUUAUAAACAAGUGUCAUAUUUGGCGAUUCUGUGUCUGCAACGAUUGCUCUGUACUCUAUAUUGAGUCAUGUAUUGUAUAUUCUAUAUAUUAACCUUUGUAACCUUUUAUGCCAUUUAUGAAUGAACGUAUUAUGAGUAAGUGACUCUAAGACUCGGGACUCCGAGACUCAAAUCCUGCUUCCGUACUCUUUGAUUGGCAGUUUUGACAGUUUUGUUACUUUAUUUAGAAAACAAAUAUUAAUUUGAAAUUUGAACACUAAAUGUUCACUCAUGAUCGUCGUAGAUGGGCCGAACUAGUUAGAACUGUCAAUCAUAAGUAAAAUAUUAUUAUAUACCCAUGUAAAAUGAUGUUGAGCGGAUUUUGUGAUUUGGGCUGCUUUUAAUUGUUGUAAUUCUAACUGUAAGAUCACGAUUUUUAAUAAACGUUUGGUGA